AUGGGACUUACACAAUCACAAACCACAAUGUCUGACGAGGCGUUCAUCAAGGCUGAGAAGGAUUAUAGCCAGACGCUUGAUAAGGAGUUGCCUGAGAUUGCUAGUUUAUCACUGAAAGAUAGCCAAGAUGCGGUUGAAAAGCUGUUAGCGCUCGAGAAAAAAGUGCGACAAGCGAGUGACCUGGCAUCGAGUAAACGAGUUCUCAGCGAAAUUGUCAAAGUGCUCCGCAAUGCCGGCGAUUGGAAGCAGAUGAACGAGACCGUACAACUCUUGAGUAAGAAGCACGGUCAGUUGAAAACUGCGGUGGCGAGUUUGAUUCAGGAGGUGAUUGCCGGGCUCGACGACGCUCCGAGUCUUGCCACAAAAAUCGAGACGAUCGAUAACGUGAGAACCAUCUGCGAGGGCAAGAUCUACUUGGAAAUGGAGCAUGCUCGAGUCACGCGGAUGCUGGCGCAGAUCAAAGAGGAUGAAGGUGAUAUAUCUGCUGCCGCAGACCUGCUGGGUGAGUUGCAAGUCGAGACAUUUGGGUCGAUGGACAUGCGGGAAAAGACUGAGUUCAUUCUCAAGCAAAUGGAGCUUUACAUCAAAAAGGGUGAUUUUACUUUUGCAGCGAUUGUUUCCCGCAAAAUCCUGCCCCGGUAUUUUGACAAAGAAGAGGUCCAUGACCAAAAACUGCGCUACUACGAGCUAAGCGUUGAAAUCGCCUUGCAUGACAACAAGUAUCUAGAAACAUGCCAGGACUAUCGUCACAUCUAUGAUACUCCUGUCAUCCAGGCCGAUGAGAAGCGCAAACAGACAGUGUUGACAAAUAUGGUCCUCUUUGCGAUUUUGGCGCCCCAUGACAAUUUACGCAAUGAUCUGCUGCACAAACUUGCAUUAGAAAGUGAUCUUCCUCAGCUACCUGUUUACGAACAGCUUGUUCGGAUGUUUACUACUCUUGAACUUAUCCGCUGGCCGAAGGUUGAAGAGGUGUACGGAGAUAAGCUCAAGACGUUCUGGGUGUUUGAUGUAACUGACGCAGAGUCUGGAGCCGCAAGCACACAGCGGUGGCAAGACCUUAGGCAGCGUGUUAUUGAGCACAAUAUUCUUGUUAUUGCCAAGUUUUACACGCGGAUUACUAUUGCUGGCCUUGCCGAGCUUCUUGAUCUAACGCCCAGUGAGGCGGAAAAAAUUUUGGCCAAGCUGGUCACUAGUGGUAUGGUAUAUGCUCGCAUCAACAGACCCCAGCGUAUUGUUUCCUUUGCCAAAACAAAAGAUACAAAUGACGUUCUUAACGAGUGGAGCUACAAUACGGGCAAAUUGCUUGAACAUGUAGAGACCAUUGGCCAUUUGAUCGCUAAAGAGGAAAUGAUGCUUGGAAUUCGUACAAAAUUAGAAUAA